GCCUCGAGGGACAAGACCGGGGAGAGGCCCAGGACAGGUGGGCUGGCUAGUCGCCCCUGUCACUAUGCAGGAAGGUAACUUCCUGCUGUCUGCCCUGCAGCCUGAGGCUGGUGUUUGCUCCCUGGCGCUGCCCUCGGACCUACAGCUGGAUCGCCGGGGUGCUGAGGGACCGGAGGCUGAUCGGCUUCGAGCUGCCAGAGUCCAGGAGCAAGUCCGAGCCCGCCUCCUGCAGCUGGGCCAGCAGUCGCGGCACAAUGGGUCUGCUGAACUUGAUGGCUCCGCGGAGAUCGCCAGAGGCAUGCCCAGGGGGCAAUACCACACUAUGCAGACGGGCUUCAGCUCCCGAUCCCAGGGCAUGAGCGGAGACAAGACCUCGACCCUUCGGUCCAUCGCCAAGCCGGCCUACAGCCCCGCCUCCUGGUCCUCCCGUUCAGCCGUGGAUCUGACCUGCAGUCGGAGGCUGAGUUCUGCCCACAACGGGGGCAGUGCCUUUGGGGCUGUGGGAUAUGGGGGUACCCAUCCCACUCCACCUAUGCCCACCCGGCCAGUGUCCUUCCAUGAGCGAGGUGGGGCAGCCAGCAGAGCUGACUAUGACACGUUAUCCCUGCGCUCACUGAGGCUAGGGGCAGGGGGCCUGGACGACCGAUACAGCGUGGUAUCUGAGCAACUGGAGCCUGCGGCCGCCUCUACCUACAGGGCCUAUGCUUAUGAGCGCCAGGCUAGCUCCAGCUCUAGCCGAGCAGGAGGCCUGGACUGGCCAGAGGCCACCGAGGGACCACCCAGCAGGACCAUCCGUGCACCUGCCAUGCGAACCCUGCAAAGAUUUCAGAGCAGCCACCGGAGCCGUGGGGGUGCUGGGUCAGUGUCGGGCGCUGGCUUGGAGCCAGUGGCCCGAGCCCCAUCUGUGCGCAGCCUCAGUCUUAGCCUGGCUGACUCAGGCCACCUGCCGGAUGUACGUGGGUUGGACAGCUACACAGGCCAUCGAACCCUGCAGAGGCUCAGCAGUGGCUUUGAUGACAUUGACCUGCCUUCAGCAGUCAAGUACCUCAUGGCCUCAGACCCCAACCUGCAGGUGCUGGGAGCGGCUUACAUCCAGCACAGGUGCUACAGUGAUGCAGCGGCCAAGAAGCAGGCUCGCAGCCUUCAGGCAGUGCCUAGACUGGUGAAGCUCUUCAACCACGCCAACCAGGAGGUGCAGCGCCACGCCACGGGCGCCAUGCGUAACCUCAUCUAUGACAACGUGGACAACAAGCUGGCGCUGGUCGAGGAGAAUGGCAUUUUUGAGCUGUUGCGGACACUUCGAGAGCAGGAUGAUGAGCUACGCAAAAAUGUUACAGGGAUCCUGUGGAACCUGUCCUCCAGUGACCACCUGAAGGACCGCCUCGCCCGAGAUACACUGGAGCAACUCACAGACCUGGUGCUCAGCCCCCUGUCAGGGGCAGGUGGGCCCCCCCUCAUCCAGCAGAAUGCCUCAGAGGCAGAGAUCUUCUACAAUGCUACUGGCUUCCUCAGGAACCUCAGCUCAGCCUCCCAGGCCACUCGCCAGAAGAUGCGUGAGUGCCACGGGCUAGUGGAUGCCCUGGUGACCUACAUCAACCAUGCCCUGGACGUGGGCAAGUGUGAGGACAAGAGUGUGGAAAAUGCUGUGUGUGUGCUGAGGAAUCUGUCCUACCGCCUAUACGAUGAGAUGCCGCCAUCAGCCUUGCAGCGGCUUGAAGGCCGGGGCCGCAGGGACAUGACAGGGGCACCACCCGGUGAAAUGGUGGGCUGCUUCACCCCACAGAGUCGGCGGCUGCGAGAGCUUCCUCUCACAGCUGAUGCACUCACCUUUGCCGAAGUAUCUAAGGAUCCCAAGGGCCUCGAGUGGUUGUGGAGCCCCCAGAUCGUGGGGUUGUACAACCGACUGCUGCAGCGCUGUGAACUAAAUCGGCAUACAACAGAGGCGGCCGCAGGGGCGCUCCAGAACAUCACCGCGGGUGACCGCAGGUGGGCAGGUGUGCUGAGCCGCCUAGCCCUGGAACAGGAGCGCAUCCUGAACCCCUUGCUGGACCGUGUCCGAACCGCUGACCACAACCAACUGCGCUCACUGACUGGCCUCAUCCGAAACCUGUCUCGGAAUGCCAGGAACAAGGACGAGAUGUCCACAAAGGUAGUGAGCCACCUGAUUGAGAAGCUUCCUGGCAGCGUGGGCGAGAAGUGUCCCCCAGCUGAGGUGCUGGUCAACAUCAUAGCUGUGCUCAACAACCUGGUGGUAGCCAGUCCCAUUGCCGCCCGGGACCUGCUCUAUUUUGAUGGACUCCGAAAGCUGGUCUUUAUCAAAAAGAAGAGGGACAGCCCUGACAGCGAGAAGUCCUCCCGGGCAGCCUCCAGCCUCUUGGCCAACCUCUGGCAGUACAGCAAGCUCCACCGUGACUUCCGGGCGAAAGGCUAUCGGAAGGAGGACUUCCUGGGCCCGUAGAUGAAGCCUCCUGGAGGUGAAGUGAUUCAGCUUCCAAGAGAUAUAGGCUCAGCUCCUGCUGUCCCACAGCACAUAGAAGAGGAACUGAUGCCACAGGACCUCUCUCUCUCUCUCUGGAGUCCUGUGUGUACCCUUGAGGGGCCAGGGCCACCAGAAAAGAACAGGCGCUUGCAACUGGGGAUUGAUUGGCUUCUGCAGGGCAGGGGAAGGGAUAGGGCUUGAGCUGCUCUGGUGUACUGGGUGGUGAUUAGUCACAAUGGCAAGGGUGGGGCUCCCGUGGCCUGACAGCUUUGUGACG